UGCGCAUGCAAGUGUCGGCAUCAGGAAGUGUUAGUGUGGUUAGUAAGGCUGUGUCUCAGUGUGUGAAUUUCAGAUGCCGUUUGUAAGCGAAGAAGACAAAGAAAUGUCUGGAACACAGUCGCUCUGCUGCCAUGUCCACACGGCCACGCGGGUCUCUGCCAUCUUCUACCUGGUGUAUAAUCUGCUGGUGGCCACGGAUCUGACUGUUGGCAUAAUCCGGAAGACUGACCCGCUCACCAUCUCUUACACUGACAUGAAACUCGCCAAUGGCUAUCGUGCCUUUGAUAUUAGCACCAACUUUAUGAUGUUGGUUUUGAUGUCCUUCUCCAGUGUGCUGGUUCUGUUAUCUCACAGGAAGGGGCCGGUGUGUGUUGUGCCGUUUGUGUUGUUCAUGUUUCUGGAUGUGGCUCUGAGUCUCCUCUCACUGUUUGCUGCUCCAUGGGGUCUGCCUGGAACCCCCACAUACCGAGAUGCCCUUCGACUGGCCUUGAACCUUAAAGGAGGUGCCAAGCUGGAGGUGGAGGAGUUAAGCCAAGUCACCAUGAUAUUUGGAGUACUCUUUGUGUUGUACAUAAUGCUGAAGGUGUACAUGCUUCAGGUGUCAAUGCGUUCUUUCUAUGCACUGAGGGAAAACUGGACGCCAUCGCAGCCCCCUGCAGAGAACAGUGUGAGGGUUAAACUGCCCUCCUAUGAUGAGGCUCUGAAGAUGAAAGCUGAUUCCCUGCCUCCUGCCUAUCAAGAGCCUUAAAGCACAAAAGGACCGCACACUGGUGGCUUCCAUGCACGUCCACACUUAUUUGCUUAGCACUAUACAUAGCACACGGUUCUGCACAUAUUCAUAUAUCUAUACACAGGUGUACAGAGAGGGGAAAAAGUCACAUAAAACGUAUUGUGCAUGUGCUCAAUAUUGAUGCACUGUUUUUUUUUAUAUGAUUUAAACCACUGUAAUGGCUGUUUACAACACUGUUCUUUGAGACAAAUGCACAUGAUGAGUAUCUGGCAGUACAAUUGAAUAGAAAAUUGUGUACAAUGUAGUACACAAGUAGUGUGAUUUAAGGAUUUGAAUUCCAUAUUCAGUUCACUUUAAGCUAAAUAAGAUUUAUUUUCAGCUUUUAUUGAAAUUUCAUGUGAAAAAAUUAAUGUAGAAGCAGUGUUGUUUCUCAAAAGCUAUUUAUGUAAGCUUUAAAACAUAUCUUAACCAGUUGAAUGUAAAACCUUUGCUGUCAUGAUGCUACAUACCAAAUGUAAGGGAAUUUUCCAGCAUUCAGUAGUGGAUGGAAGGAGGGGGGUUAAAGAAAACAGAAAUCAGGCUUUGAAAAAUUGAAAGUAUGAGUUAUGUAAUAUAUAAGCAAACACACACAAACACAUUUACAUAGGCAAACAGAAAACCUCCGGGAAAUUCUUCAAAUUUAGUUUGAUGGUUUGUUUUUCUGGGCAUUUUUAGGUGUUUGUUUUGUGCAUAUUGGCAGAUAAAGCAAAAAUAAAUGUGUGAAAAAUGA